AUCAUGAACAUCCGCAAUGCCCGGCCAGACGACCUGAUGAACAUGCAGCACUGCAACCUCCUGUGCUUGCCCGAGAACUACCAGAUGAAGUACUAUUUGUACCACAUCCUCUCCUGGCCACAACUCUCCUACAUCGCCGAGGAUGAGGAUGGCAAGGUCGUAGGCUACGUUCUGGCCAAAAUGGAGGAGGACCCUGACGACGUCACCCAAGGACACGUCACCUCGCUGGCCGUGAAGCGCUCACACCGGCGCCUCGGCCUGGCGAAGAACCUGAUGGAGCAGGCCUCACGGGCCAUGGUGGAGAACUUCGGUGCCAGGUACGUGUCCCUGCACGUCCGGAAGAGUAAUCGGGCGGCCUUGCACCUCUACUCUCACAGCCUCAAUUUCCAAGUCAAUGUGGUGGAGCCCAGAUACUACGCAGACGGGGAGGAUGCUUAUGUGAUGAGGCGGGAUCUCUCGCAGAUGGCAUGUGAGCUGAGACGGCAGCUGGAGCUGAAGAAGGGCGGCCAUUUGCUACUGGGCUCCAGGGAGAACCAGGAGACCCAUGACGGCACAUUUCCUCAUUCCGAGAAGUCCUGCCAGCAGGAUAGCCCAGCUGCCACAGAUAGUGGCAGUGAUACCAAGGAACCCAGUGAAUCCACAGAGAGCACCGACGUCCAGGAUAGCUCAGAAGACUUGGAUUCCAUCUCCUAGAGUCUGCUUGAGCAUUGUAGGUCCUCGUAUCAGCCACAGCUACCCCUGGUGCUGGGCUGGCCUGUUCUGCUCUGCAGCAUC